AUGUUCUCCAUGACUGUGACUGAUUACAUAGCUGGGUGCGCUGCUACUGCUGCUCUUACAGUUGUGGAAGAAGUUUGUUUCCUGCUUUGCCAGUCACGUCUCAUCAUGAACCAGCAUAGGGGGAGCUUAGAAUCAGCCGGGCCGACACUCACGAAUCAUGCAUAUGUACAGUUAUGCACACGCACGCGUGCAAAUGCACGCUUCUUCCCACUUGUAACAGAGGACAAUCAUACUCACUGUACAUGGCUGCUGAACAUGAGACAAGCCGGUGGGCAAGCAAGCAGAGACAGCGGCACAGCAAUGCGAAGCAUGCGCCCCUCCUUGGUUGCGCCACAGUUUGAUGUGAUGCUGCACGCUGGUCGGAUCGGCCCGGAGGCAUUGCUGGAGCUUUGCGGCGAGCUGCUGACGUUUGGAGGUUGCCUCCUCGCGGUGGGGAAUGUCGUCGACGGCACCGAUCUGGCAGAGCUGGUGCACACUUCAAGACAGGCGAAACUCUUCAGCGUCGAGAGAGAUGAGGUGCUCCGCGACGAGUCUGAGGGUUACUUCCGACUUCUGCAGCUGAGGAGGCGACGCUGA